UUUACUGCCUAUCACAUAUUCGGGAUAAUACCUCAAGCUAGUGUUCAUUUACUGAAGGUUGUUUUGUUUUUCGUUUGAUACUCAGGUUCUUGAAAAUUUGAAAACUGUGAAGAAAGCCGAAGAAAAUGUUCUAUCUAAGCUUAAUGGAACACACUUUGCGGUUACCACCCCAUAUUCUUCACCUUCCUCUUGAUGAGGCUCUUAAGGCAGAGUUGGAAGCCCUUUUCCUUGAUAAGGUUAUUGCAAAGUUAGGACUCUGCAUUUCAGUAUAUGAUAUCAGGUCAAUUAAAGGUGGCUUUGUCUUUCCCGGGGAUGGUGCUUCCACCUAUACGGUUGAGUUCAGAUUGAUCGUGUUUCGUCCAUUUAUCGGAGAAGUUAUUGUUGCAAAACUUAAAGAAUCUGAUGCUAAUGGAUUGCGCCUGUCACUUGGAUUUUUUGAUGACAUUUACAUACCUGUUGACCAAUUGCCAAAUCCAUCUCGCUUUGAAGCUGUCCCUAAUACUAGAAAUCAAGGCAGAUGGAUAUGGGACUUUGGAGAAGGAGAAGAACAGUCAGAUGAACCGCGAUUUGUUAUUGAUGGGGCAGAUCCGAUUAAAUUUCGAGUUCAGAGUGUCAUUUAUCAUUCAAUUCCACUUGAACAGCCAGAAAAUUCGAAACCAUUUGCCCCGAUGGUGAUCACUGGAACACUAAACCAUGAUGGUUUGGGGCCGGUUUCAUGGUGGGAGGAAGCAGAAAUGAUCGAGGAAGAAUCUUAGGUUUACAGACUCAUCAGCUUAGAGGCUUCAUUGGUCAAUAGAUGUUUAUAGUUACUUAACAAAACAAGGCACUUCAAAUGAUAUUUUGUGAGAGCUUGCUUUGGCCACCUGCAGUGGGUGU